UCGAUUUUCUUUAACUCGCUCAGAUUUUAAGUCACAACACAAAAAUAGUUAUGAACUUAUAGUAAUUUCUAUAUUAAAAAUAGUUCUAGAAAGGAGUUUUUAUACAUUAUGCUUCAAGACUUCUUCGUAUUAAAUCGUAUGAUUUCUUGUUCUUUCGAUGUUAGAGUAUUGGUGGCAUCAACUGACAAUUAAAAAUCAAAUUGCUUGAAGUUAGCCUAAAUGAAUGAAGAAUAAUUUGAUAAUUCUAUGCCUUUUGCGAUAUUCUGCUAUAAAAGAAUGUACAGCAUGGCUUACAAUCGGCAGUCUCUUCACAGUCCCCAUCAGAUGCGAAGCAACCGGAACAACAAUUCGUCAGUUGUAAAUAAAAAUCACAGAUCUUAGUUGUUUAUAAAAAUGAAAGGGCAAAUUGCAAUAUUUAUCUUGUGCGAGUACGUGUUAUUUUCUAAAGUUCUGAGCCUAGCUCCGCCUUCUUUGAAGUAUUUACCGCCUGGAAAUAUUGGUGUUCCCUCUCGGCAAUAUUUGGCAUCUGAUCGAGACAGAAACUUGCACUAUAAGAAAGUGAAUGGAGCACCGAGCGUUACAGAAUACGAACGUGGUACUGGUAGUGUACGAACAAGAUAUGGUGCACCAAAGCAAAUACAGGUACCUAUCGUCAGACAGGACUACGUAAGCGAUGCAAGCGGAAGUUAUAAUUUUGGAUUCGAAACUGCGAAUGGUAUUCAGCGCGUUGAAUCGGGGGAUGUUUAUAACAAGCCGAAAAGCUCACUAAACGUGGAAGGUUCAUAUUCUUACACAGGAGAUGAUGGUCGUACAUAUACCGUUAAUUACAGAGCUGAUGAAAAUGGAUUUCAUGCAGAAGGUGAUCAUUUACCCACGCCUCCGCCCUUGCAUAACCAGAAUAGUGUAGACGGAACUUUCUCUAGAAGUGGUUCUCAAAACAAAGCCAAUGUGUACUCACCGUCGAUUCAAUAUCUACCGCCACAACGUUUUUAUUCGAAGCGGCAAUAGACAUUAUUAAAAGUGUUUUUAUGUAUUUUUUUGAGAUGGUUGGUCAUCCAAAAUUAGUACGUAUCAUAUAAAUAUUUAGUGAUAUACAUAUAUGUACAUAUGUAUAUGUGUAGCGUAAAAGAUACUCCCUUCAUUGUUUACGUAGAUUUAAAAUAAACACUUUAUACUUCCA